AUGGCAACGUUCAUGAAAGUCCCUCGUCUAAUAAUUAGCAUGUGCGAUGAUUUGUGUGUGAAGUGUCCGUUUGUCCGUCAAGGGUGUGAGGAGAUAAUUCAACGGGGCCACGUACAAGCUCACGUGGAUAAAUACUGCGACUACCGGCUCAUGCGUUGCCCCGACCCAAAUUGCAAUUACAUGACAAGGAAGAAGGAUAUAGACGCUGACCUCCGAUGUUUACAUGAAUUACGUACUUGUGAUAAUUGUGAGGAAUCUGUGAUGGAGCGGGAUUUUGAGAUUCAUACCAAAGAAUUAUGUUCAAGCCUGAAGACCGAAUGUACAUACUGCCACACAACCAUUUGUCGAAGUGAAUUGCCAGAGCAUUUAGAGACUUGCCAUGAAGUCGAGAGGACUUGUUGCGCUGCGAAAUUCGGCUGCCCAGAAAAGUUCAAAAUGGAGGCACUUAAGCAACAUGAGCAAUCAUGCAUUUUGGCAAAACUAGGCCCGUACCUGGAUGCUCAAGCUUCUCGAAUGGAAUCGAUGGAAUCGACAAUAAAGCAAUUGCGCCAGCGAAAUGAGAUUCUUGAAGAUGGCAUUGCAAAUAUCCGGUCGAUCCUUGGGGGCCACGUGUCUCCCCUGCAACCCGACCCUCAAACAGAGGUUUCGCCUAUCAUCAGAAGUGACUCUCCCCUGUCUUUGUCAUUCGAACAUCUAGAUAUUUCCUCUCCUGAAGCCUCAAAUAAUCCAGCAAACGACCCCACGGAUGGUGUCUCCCCUCCAUAUCAAGAAAUCGCCUCCAGCCCAUCCCCAUCAAACACCACCACCUACCUUCUUUCAAUCCACGAGUCCCUGAGAGAGGAGGUGACUCAACUUUCGAAUGCAAUAUCCGAUAUCGAUGCACGAGUCAACAUGUCUAUUAUGAACGAGGGCAUUCGGCUCAGAGAUGAAAUGGCCCAUAUAAGCGCUGGUGUCAACGCUAUUCGGAUGCAGGUCCAUUGGCUUAUGAACCCACGAUUGCACCAAAUCCAAAGAGCCGUUAACGCCUCCUCUACUACAACGCCUUCUGCUGGUGAUACCUCUCGGAAUGUGGGGGUUGCUACUGUUGGUGGGCCGAGUGACAACCCGUCCAGCCCUCCCCUGCCGAGUUACAGAGGCCGGCGCCUCAGUGAUGGUAGCCGUGAGGGAACAAAAUUGUAG